UUCGCUUUUUGUAAUGAUUUAUUACUCUACAGUAAAAUACGGUCACUAAAAACUAUUAUCUUUAAUCAAUAGUUAAACCUGCUCUAAAAAGUAGCUCACCACUGUUUUAGCAUCCUGUUCACAAUCAACCAACAACUGUCAAGUAAUGUAAUCGUAUUACAAAUAAUGUAAUCUUACCUCUAAUCGUAUCUAUAACCGGCAAACCUAGUAUUAAACACAAACCACGAGUCAGAAAUGGGUAGCCAAGCUUCCAGCAUUUCACAGAAAAUUUUACCGGCCGAUGCUGUCGAUUCACUGCAGUUUGAGUUCAAGAAACAGGUACACAUCUUCUCCGAGAUCAAUAAUCUCGCAUACGAAGACUUUCAAAAAUGUCUCGCUGAUUUAAACCGACUCUCCCGGAAAUGUCUCGAUCCAAACGGGAAGCAGUUGGUGUUCGCCGUGAAGAAAGGUUCUGAUAACUCCAUCCUCUGGAAGCGUACCGUGCGCAUCGCUUGCGUUAAAAUUGAUCCAGAAACGAAGAAGAUCGACUGCUUCAAGCUGCUGACGCUGCAACAGUUUCUGCAGGUAUUUCGAACAUUCCAAACGAAUCUGCAUGCGAUGGUUACGGUCGAGAGCCAGCGAAUACACAGUCCUGGGGCAAGCCCGUCCAAAUCGAGCAGCGGAAGUGCGUCCGGUCCGGACACACCGUCCAACGCGAGUGUCACUGAACUUUCGCCCAAGAACGACACAGCAGAUCAGCAGCCCGGUCCAAGCACGACCGAGACUAAGCAACCGGAACACUCCUCUGUCCGACUGUCCACUUCCUCCUCGUCGUCAUCGUCGGCAAACGUGUCGAGUGCGUUCGUGUUUCCGGAGUGUACGACCGCAUCGAUUCUGAUGGCGCAGGUCGAUUCGAUUACGGACGGUGAUCAUAACGAGUGCUGCAUCUGUCUGGAGCGUAAACCGGAAGUGUCGCUACCCUGCGCACACAGCUACUGUGUGCCGUGCAUCGAGCAAUGGAACAUCCACCAGAAAACGUGCCCAAUCUGUGACGAGUUGCUGGCCAGCACCGACGAUACAUGGGUUCUGUCGGAAAUGCCCGAAGCGGACGAAGUUAGCGAGGAGAUUUGUGCCACUCUGCUGAAGCUUUCAAACGAGGCAAACGGAAGCGACGAAAAUGAUAAGAAUUGGUUGCGGCGAAUGUUAGAUUUGUGAUUUGCUUGCCGAGUAAUCCACAAGAUGGAAUGACACAAUUAUGUUUUGACUUUUUUAACACUUGAUUAUUAGAUACAGAGCUGAACAUAAAAUGCUCGCUGUGCGUUAUAUGUGAUAGGUUUCACCCUUUUUUCUUUUUGACAAUCGAUUUGAAGUUUUUAUAAUAACUGUGUUUUAGGAAUACGGCAAAUGCCGUCAUACUCCAAAUUCAAGAAAUAUUUUACGUUGCUAACAAUGUGCGCUGCUUCCGAGCCAAACUAAACCACGGUGUGCAACAAGUAGGGAUGGUAUUUUCGUUUCUUCAAGAUUCGGAUAAAUCGCGUUAAUAUUUGAUAAAGCUGAUAGUUUCGUUGGAUAGUGACGGGGACACCUCGUCCGUUAAGUCUCGACCUCUUCAUUGUUUGCGUUUCUACCAGUGGCAAAUCAAGCCCCUUCAAGGCUCUAGGCGGAAUAGCUAUUGGAGAGCCCCCUAUCAAUACAAGUAGCUUUGAAGCAAACGUUUUGUUUUUGAACCAUAUACGAAAUACACUACAUUUUGGCAGAAAUUGUCCUAUCAA